UAUCCGGGUUAUUUAAAUUAGCUCCAGUUGAGUGUCUUUAUCGUUAGGUUACAUGUACCCUUGAAAUAAUAAACGAAAGAACAAAGUUAACAACUGGUUUGACUUUUGCACGGUAAUAAAAAAAUAAAAUCCUUCAGAUGGCAAGUUCCAGGAAAGUGAUUGAACUGUUUUAUGACGUGGUCUCUCCCUACUCAUGGCUUGGCUUUGAGGUCAUGUGCCGUUACAGAAAUGUGUGGAACAUUGACCUUAAACUACGUCCUGCGUUCUUGGGUGGCAUCAUGCAAGGAUCAGGUAAUAAGCCCCCAGGUCAGGUCCCAAACAAGUUCCUGUAUAUGACCACAGACCUGCACCGUCUAGCCCAGUACUUCCAGGUCCCCAUCAGUCCCCCUGCUGACCCCUUUGAGGCCAUGUUCGAAAAAGGCUCGCUGUCUGCCAUGCGCUUUGUGGCGGCGGUACAGGAGAGGGAGGUGGGAGGAGAUAAGCAGGUAGAGCAGGUGUCACGGGAGCUGUGGAUGAGGAUCUGGAGCCAAGACAAAGACAUUACCCAGCCUGCAUCACUCUCUGAGGCAGCCAUGAAGGCAGGGCUCUCAGCCAGUGAGGUGGAAGAGCUGCUGAAACUGUCCACCUCUAAGGAAAUCAAAGACAAGCUGAAGAGAUCCACCCAGGAAGCACUGGACCAUAGGGCCUUUGGUUUUCCUCUGGCUGUGUGUCAUGUGAAUGGAAAGGCGGAGGUGUUCUUUGGCUCUGACCGGUUUGAGCUCAUUGCCCACUGCAUAGGAGAGAAGUGGAUGGGACCCCAGCCUGCUGCUGCCAAACUGUGACUUGAAACAUGAAACUGGGACGUGACUGGGACUUGAAACCUGUCACAUAUGGAAUUCAUUAAGAUGAAUAAAUAUAAUCGAUAUGAUUUGAA